AUGGAAAACAAAAAUAAUGAAACAAUUGAUUUAAUGGAACUUUCUUUGAGGAAAUUAAUUAAUGAACAAAUUCUUGAAUUUAAUUAAGCAUCAUAUGGAAUGCUAGUCUCUUUGGCAACUAAAUAUAUACAAUCAGAUGAAUUAAUUUGGAAAAAGCUUCUUAAUAAUGCCUGUAGACUAUUUACUAAGGCAGAAUAUUCGCAAGAAGGAAUCAUAAACGACAAAAAAAAUGAGAAACAGUAAAGUAAUUUAGUCUUUUUAUUCAACAAUGUCCUAAAAUACGCCGAAAAAUUCCAGAAUCACCAAGGAAUAAAGUAAUUAGGAGAUAUAGCAGCUUCCCAUUUAGUAUAAAAAUAUGACCUAAUUAAAAACACUAAUUAAAAGUUCUUAUUUAUGUCCAACAAUUUAAAAAUUGUUCCUUUUAAACAACAAAUGUGGACAUUAAAAUACAUAAAAGAAAACCAAAAAAACAUACAAGAACUUUCUGUGGAAACAUUGACUAAUUUAAUUAGUGGUUUAUAAAAAAUGCGUGUUUAAAAUUUGAAAAAUGAAAAAUUCGGAAACGAUGUUUUAAGUUCAGAUCUUUUAAAUUCAAUAGAAUAAGAAUGGAUUAAAAAAUUCUAAGAUUAAAUUUCACUUUUUGUGGUUUAUUUUUAUUGCUUGGGAUCUUUGGGACAUAUUUAGGGCCAAAGUAGGGAUUUUUGUAUUGGAUUACCUUUAAGAGCUUAAAAAAAUUUAUCGAUUCAAUAUACUCAUAAAGUAUUUAAAGACGGAACACUUGUAAGUAUUAAAUAAAUAACAAAUAUCGUUGAUGGAUUUAAAUGCAAAGGAGACAGCAAAUGA